UCGUCUCUCCACUCUCAUCCUCAUCCUCAUCCUCAUCCUGCUCCGCCCUUUUCCCCUUGUUCUCUCUCGCUUGACUGGGUGGCCGGCAUUUAGCUUCUACCUUCUUCGUUCCAUUAUUUGAAAGAAUGGAUCGCGUGUCCACCCAAUGUCUUGGUGAAAGAAAAAAGGGAUUAGUUCCUUUCCUCUUAAUUGUCCUUCCCUCGUAGCAGAAAAGAGGCAAGAAAAACCAAGAAAAUAAUUCGGGGAUAUUUAAUGGUGGUAAAGCGCGAGCGCGAUGCUACAUCAUCAUCGUCACUAGCCUCAUCAUCAGCAGUGCGAAAUGGCGCCAGGUGAGGCACGACGCUCCUGCAGUUGCUCUAGAGGCGCCUACCGCUCACCCUCCUUCGAGAAGGGGAUGUCCGACGCAUGAGCACCACUGCCUCACUCUCUCCUUUUCGUUGUCAAAGUUGUUUUCUCCCAUUGUUGGCCCUCGAGCCGCGGUCCUGGAUCCGAUCGUUUCAUCCAUCCAUGGCGUCGCUCCUCUCUGCUACGCGCUCCCAGCCUCUCUGCUUCCUUGGGUGUCAGGGUGACGGCUUGUUUCCGUCUUCUUUCAGGUUUGGGUUUGAUCGCCGAUUCGGGAAUGGGAAAAAGACGAGGCACGUGGGGAGUCCUCCCCCGUCCGUGGCUUCGCCCACCAUGUGCGGUCAGAAGAGGGAUCACCUGUCCGAUCCCAACCUCAAGAUUCUCAGGCUUGCCCGAGAGAAGUUCACCCAGGAGAUAUCCUUUAGAUCUGAGGAUAAAGAUCUUUCACUAGCCAAGGCAUUGUUACUUGUUGCUGCUGAAGAUGAAGCUUUCCUGUCUUUCAAUCGAGACAUGGAUGCUUGUUCAUUGCUAAGUGAAAGGAAAGGUGCAACUGGUCAAUUCAAGGCUCUUUCAGAAGUUACAGAUGUGGAAGAUAUUUCUUUAGCAGGCAAGACCAUAUCUGGGUGGCUGAAAGAGUUGGAUGUGAUAGCAGCAGAAGUCAAAGCAGAGUUGAUCUCAAGGGAAAUAGGUUGUCAUUUAUUGGAAGUGUUGGAGGCUGUAAACGUUGUUCUUUUUGAUUCAAGAGGUUUUAGAAGAUUUCCUGUUCUUGUGGAUUCAAAGUUUUCAUACUUGCACACAGUGCUUAGCUAUGGAUGUGGCAGUGCCAUAAUGUUCAGCAUCAUAUAUAUUGAAGUAUGUCGAAGGCUUGGUGUUACUGUUGUGGGUUCUCGGGUUGGGGAAGAUUUCUUGAUUUGGCCGCAAUCAGGGAAUCUAGUGGAACUGUUCAGGUCUGCUUCAGGACAUAGCCUGUUUGCUACAAUAAAUGGCAGAUGUGUCAAGGAUCCUAGAUCAAAGGCUUCUGAGUUGGAUAGUGGUUCACUUUUAAGGCUUGAUAUAGCUACAAACAGAGACAUCAUUGGAAUUGCUCUAGCUAAUCUGAUUAGACUUCACUGGAAACGGGCUUCGAAGGCAAAUCAUGGCUUGAUGUUAACUUCUCCACUUAGGCCAGUUCAUCCUGGAAAAGACAAGGCUAACAUGGGGGAUACGUCACUUCCACUGUUGCGGCCCCAAGAACUCAGGUUGGCCAUUAUGGCAUCAGAAAGACUGCUGAUUCUUCAGCCUGACAAUUGGACUUUAAGGAGAGACCAUGGUUUGCUUUUGUAUUACAGCAGGAGGUAUGUUGAAGCCGUUCAAGAACUCAGCAUUUGCAUGGCUUUUGCACCAGAAGAGGAGGCUGAGAUACUGGAGCCAUUCGUGGAGAAGUUGCACCUGCUGCGGCUUUUGUCAUCCUGGGAGUGCUUGGAUCAAGCUGACUCAGUGCCGGUUUCAUGAAUUGCCUACACAAGAUUUGGUUCACUCUUCCUUUGCAGCCAUGCAAAUGCUGUUAAUGUUGAAAUCUGUCAGUGCUGGUGGCAUGUCGUUGUGGAGAUCACUCAAAAUUGUAUAGACGCAAUAAGAUACAAGGACGAUGAUGUGCCUUACUGAGAUUCAA